AUGCGAGGCAACAUCCGGUUCUACAAGGUGGGAUUCCGGCCGGGCCCGCCGCAGCUGCGCGAGUUCUCGCUGCAGCUACGUGAAGGGCAGAGCGUGGCGCUGGUGGGGCCCCCGGGCUGCGGCCGCUCGCUGCCCGUGCCGCUGCUGCUCGGCUUCUACCGGCCCACCUGCGGCACGCUGCUGCUGGACGGACGUGACGUCACACAGACGAGCCUGGCCGUGGUGCGCAGCCAGAUGGCGCUGGCAGACGGCAACGCUACCUUCUUCCGUCGCACUGUGGCCAGCAACAUCGCUUACGGUUGCUGGGACGCCCGCACUGAUGACAUCAUUUCUGCCGCUAAGGAGGCCGGAGCGCACGACUUCAUCACCGCACUGCCAGAGGGCUACGCCACAGUGCUGGAUGGGCGGGUGACGCUGACGCCAUCGCAGCGGCUGCGGCUGUCGCUGGCAAGAGCAGUGCUGCGGGACGCGACAGUCCUGCUCGUUGAGAACCUGCGCAAGGUCGAGGACGAUGACGCAGAGGCGCAGCAGCAGCAGCAGCAGCAGCAGCAGCAGCAGCAGACUUCAAUGCAUACACGGCAGUACCAUCAGUGCACUACAUAA